AGCGAGAGGACGCUGGUUUUGAAUGGUUAUUGAACGUUUUCUCGAUUUGAACCUUUCUUCAGGUUUUCGACUCCUAGCGUGUGGCUGAAAGAAGUUGGUCAUGACACGGUUGAAGCGCUCGGGCCACUUUAAUUAGUUUCCAACUUUCCCGCGGCACACGUGAGCUUUGUUGUCCUCCCUUCCUGCCCGGGGCUAGACCCAUACCAACCGCCAGCAGUUGUUUGUAAGUUGUUAACCCUGUAGUCUAUUCAACUGUUUGUUCUUUGUGUUUUGAAUCUUGAAUCCCCAAAACAGUUGAUUUUGUUGAUCUCGGAGUGGAGUUGAGAACCACAACAAGAAAACCGCGUGUAGUGAGCAUUGUGUUCAUAGCUAGUUUCCUUUCCCAUUCUGCUGUAAAUUUCAUUCCCUUGCAAUGUCGGAAUUUUCAACCCCGAAACUUGACAAGACAAGAGUGUCUAAGGUACCCAAAACUCCAAUUAAUAUACCUCCCUCACCAUUUAUGAAGAAGUUGGGCUUUGGUACAGGUGUGAGUGUGUUCAGGUGGGAUCGGUCACCUCGACCUGAUGCUACUCGUUCUCCCUGGGCUCUAAAAAAAUUAGAUAAGAGGGAUCUGCCACGGGUCUUUGAGCAACGCUUGGCAAAAGAGGCAGAGCUGCUUAAAAGCUUAAAACAUCCUAACAUUGUUGGCUUCAGAGCCUGUGUUCCUGGCAAGGAUGGACGAAUGACUUUAGCCAUGGAGAGCUGUGAAUCAUCACUGGCUGAUCGUAUUGAAGACAGGAAAAAUGAUGAAAUGGGUCCAUUAAGUUCUGAAGUAAUUUUGAAAGUUGCUCUAGGAGUUGCACGAGGUCUAGAUUACCUCCACAGGGAAAAAAAGUUACUGCAUGGAGACAUGAAGUCAUACAACAUCCUAAUCAAAGGCGAUUAUGAUGAAAUUAAAAUAUGUGACUUCGGAGUUAGUAUGGCUCUACUUCCUGAUGGAUUGGCUGCCGCCCCUGACAACUUUGUUGGAACCUCAGUUUGGAGUGCGCCAGAAGUUGUGGGCUUGUCAGAUGGACCAGUUUCAUCAAAGGUUGACAUAUUUGCAUUUGGUCUUGUUCUGUGGGAAAUGAUUGCCCUGGAAAUCCCACACACUGAUGACCUUGCUGAAAGUAACUUUGACAUAAGCAUUACAGAAGAUGAUCUUGAGAACAGGAUUGGCACUCGACCUGCUUUACCCCCAGUUGAUUUGGAUGAUAGUUACAACAGUAUUAUGGAAAUAUUUUACUGUUGUACUGAGCAAGAUCCCAGUGUACGACCAACUGCUCAGCUUUUAGUUGAAUGGCUGGAAGACUUAACAGGUGAGAAACCAUUGGGCGAGGGGGAUGAUGAAAUGCUCGUGGACCACUGACAGUCCAACAUUAUGUCUACACUAAACAUUAUUUUUGGAAGUACUCAUAGCGAUAUUUUAAGAUUGUUACCGGACUUAAUUUAGACUUAUAUAGGACUGUUAUGUUUUUAUACUAUAUGUGUGAGACUUUUUGAUACCUUUGCAUUAGUGGCUAAAAUUUUUCUGCUAUUAAUGGCAAAAACCACUUUGCACUUAAGUUUUUAUGUAUAUACGUAGAACCAUCUUUUAGCUCAAUAUAUUUUAGCUUUAGGAA